CUAUACUUCGUUAAUCUAUGUACGUGAACUAGCGUCACGUACCUUUGAUAAUUGAAAAAUUGUUAAAAUGGCGUCUAUUGUAGGUUGCGUUAUUGCAAAUUCGAAAAAUAUUUUGUAAAUACAGUAGAUGGACCAAUCUGAUCAACAAAAAACAAUGGAUACGGUCAAAGCAUUCAAUACAGAGCUUAUGUCUCUGUAUGAAUUUAAACCGCCGAUUUCUAAGGCAAAGAUGACAUCUCUCACUAGAGGUGCAAUAAGAGCUAUCAAGUUUUACAAGCAUGUAGUGCAAAGUGUGGAAAAGUUUAUUUUGAAGUGCAAACCAGAAUAUAAAAUUCCUGGACUUUAUGUGAUCGAUUCAAUAGUUCGUCAGUCACGACAUCAGUUUGGAAAUGACAAAGAUGUAUUCGCACCGAGGUUUGCAAAGAAUAUUCAACAGACAUUUGUAAAUUUAUACCAGUGUCCACCUGAAGAUAAGAGCAAAAUAAUAAGGGUUUUGAAUCUAUGGCAAAAAAAUCAAAUUUUUGCACCUAAUGUGAUCCAGCCCUUAUUUGACCUAGCAGAUCCAAACAAUCCCAUCUAUAAGGAACUAAGCAAUUCUGCACAGGCAAAUGGACAUAACACUACACAAAAAGGUUCUCCAGCUCUUCAAAAGACUCCAACAAAAACUACGCAGAGCAAUGAAUCACAAGGAGCUGUUAAUCUGAAUCUAUCCGAUCCGUCAGUCUUGAUUCAACUUCAGCAACUGCAGAGACUAUUGAACAGAUCGGGAGAUACCAAGAGUGAAAGUCAAGUUCAUUUUGAUAAGAAAUUAUUAGAUUUUGACUAUGGAGAUGAAGAAGAAGAAGUUAAUCCAUCACCAAAACCAGUUGUUGAUCCUUCCGUUGCAAGUUUGUUGACUAAUCCUGAAGUUGUACGUCAGUUGCAAACAUUGCAACAAACGAUGGCUUUGGCUCAAGAGGCGGACGCUGAUAAGCUCCGUAAGUUGCAAGAGAUGAAACAGCAGGAAGAAGAAUUUGAUAAACACCUUGCGCAAACAGUUCCUAAUCUACCAUUUGCUGCAGAAUGUGAAUUUAAACCAAAUAAUAAUGCCUCCAUGCCAGCUACUAGUGGUUAUUACUUGGCACCUCCCGAUAUGACACAACCCCCCCAAAUGCCAUACAAGCAAUAUGAUUUGACUCAGCAACCUGAUCAACCUGUCUACAGUACAACUAACAAUGAUAAUGACAACGAUGUCGAGGUGAUCACUCUUGAUAAUGCUGACUCGUCUAGGAGUCCGAGUCAAGAAAGAAGGAAAAGAAGAAGCCGUUCUAGAGACAAGCGUGAUAGAGAUCGGAGAUCUAGGAGAUCCAGAAGUAGAUCCCGUUCUCGAAACAAACGUCACAGAACCCGUUCUAGAGAUAGAGAUCGCGACAGAAAAGAGAAAGAAAGAGAAACUGAGAAGGACCGAGAGAGGAAAAAACGCGGUUUGCCUGCUAUCAAAAAAGAAAACUUGAGCGUUUGCAGCACCACACUUUGGGUUGGACACUUAUCCAAGUUGGUUCAUCAGGAGGAUCUCUCCAAUACAUUUGGGGAGUUUGGAGACAUAGUCAGUAUAGACCUUAUACCACCAAGAGGAUGCGCGUUCAUUGUCAUGCAUAGAAGACAAGACGCCGCUAGAUGUUUGACCAAAUUGAAGAACCAGAUCAUCCAUGGAAAAGCCAUAACAUUAGCCUGGGCACCAGGUAAAGGAGUGAAGGGAAAGGACCUCAAGGAUUAUUGGGAAGGCGAGCUAGGCGUGUCCUACAUCCCAUGGUCCAAAUUGAAACCCGACAUAGAUAUUGAAAUGCUAGAGGAUGGAGGAAUGAUUGAUGAAGACACAAUGCCUGAUUGGUUGCGUGCUAAGGUGGAAGGAAGUGGUAAACACCAGUCAAUGAUACCUCAAGCAGAAAUGGUUACUUUACCUACAGGAAUUGAUACAAGUCAACCACCCCCCAUGCCAGGUGGAGGCCUCUUGCAGCCCCCUUUAUCACUGCCUCUUGUUCCUCCAUUCCAGUUCAAUAAUAGGCUCUUAGCUCCAAAUAUGCUCAACUUACCGCCAGGAAUGAUGCCUAACGUACCAAUGGGCGUACCUCCUCCGAACCUUCAAAGUCAACUUAUGAGCAAUCCUCUGUUGGGAAUCGGUUCUCCCUUCCAAAGUGCCGGCUUGAUGCCACCACCUCCAAUGUCCCUUCAAAACGAUAACGGUCAAAGCAAUUCCGAAAACAACAUGAAGAAUCUGGCCGAGAGCCUGAUGGGUCUUAGUCAACCCUUCAACAUGAUGGGUCAACCAUCCCAAAUCUCGCAAAGCAGUAUGAUGCUCGAAGAUAACAUGGACAUCGAAAUGGAAGAUGCAGUACGGAGCGGACAGGAUUCCCUUCAAAUGCAACAAGAUCCCCGAUCGCAGGAUAGGGAGAGAAAUAGAGACGAUAGGGGCGAUCGAAGGGACAGAGAUCGGGACAGGGACGGUAAGAACGACAGAAACAGAGAUAGAAGGAGAUCGAGAAGCAGGGAUAGAGAUAGAGAACGCGACAGGGAGAGAGAUAGAGAUCGCGAUCGAAAUAGAGAUAGAGACCGACGAGGGAAUAGUAGAGAUAGAGACAGAGACCGAGAAGGUGGAAGAGGCCGCGAUAGGCGGGAAAGAGGAAGAUCGAAUCGUUGGGGCGAUAGAGACAAAGAAGAUGAAUCUGUCAACGAUCGGAAGGACAGAGAAAGAAGCCUCAACGAGAGGCUCCAGGAGAUGGCCGGUGGCGGUCCUUCCAAAUCGGGCAGAGACCGUAAGGAGAACCCGCCUCCGGUUCAGCUAAGUUUCGAACCGCCUCCGCAGCUUAUUGAGGUGCAGCCUACACCAGUCCAACCCAAAGAAACAAAACUAGACGAGAUCAUAAAAGAUGAAGGAACCGAAAUAAGAAGCAACAACGAUGCGAUUAUUCCCGCUAAUAUCGAUUAUCCACCGCCCAACAUCGAACAGGAUAUGCAAAUAGAGGGCGCCAACGAAGGUGUAUACCCUAUUAUGAGAGGCCCUAUGGAUUUUGUUCCUGAUCCAGAACGUAUGGCCGAUUUCGGAGGACCCAUGGGCCCAGGACCGAUGGGCUUCGGCCCGAUGGGGCCAAUGGGUCCUUUGGGACCGCCAGUAGGACCAAUGGACGAAUUCCCGCCCCCUAUGGGUCCCCGUGGACCAAGAGACGAUUAUCCACCAAGAGAUGAUUACCCACCAAGAGAUGAUUAUCCACCAAGAGACGAUUAUCCACCAAGAGACGAUUACCCACCAAGAGAUGAUUACCCACCAAGAGACGAUUACCCACCCAGAGAUGAUUACCCACCAAGAGACGAUUACCCACCAAGAGAUGAUUACCCACCCAGAGCAGAUUUCCCACCAAUGAUGGACGACUACGGUCCUCCAAUGGAUGAUUACCCCCCUCGGAUGGACGAUUACCCAGACGAUUUCCCUCCUCACAUGAGAGGCAGGAGGGGUGGUAGAAUGCACGAUGGUUUCCGUGGUAGGGGCAGAAGGGACUUCCGUGACGGGCCACCGCGUGGACCCAGAGGACCACCGGAAUUCUUCGAUGAGUACGGGCCGCCUCCAAUGGAUGAGUACGGCCCAGAAGAGGAGUUUCCACCGCGGUUCGGUCACAGGGGGCGUAUGCGUGGUGGUUUCCAACCCAGAAUGAGGGGUGGCCCACCGAGAGGUUUCAAUAGAGGAGGUCCUCGCGGAAGAUUUGAUGAUCUUGAAACAGGCCCGUGGAACGAAAGGAACUUCAACCGUUUCGAUGGACCUCCCGAAUUCUACAGAGGUGGCGGAGGCAGGGCACCACGAGACAUGUACGAGGAUGGUCCCCAGAGGCGUCGAGGAGGCAGAUUCGAGGAGAAUCGCCGACGUCACGACGACGAAGAAGGUUACGAUAACAUCGAAGAACAACAGGCUCCCGUGAAAAAAAGUAGAUGGGGCAAUCAGUCACCGCGUUCACAGAGGAACGACUCCGAGGAGGCUCCCGAGGAUCAUCGGGACCAACAAGCUGAGGACGGAGAACAGAGUAGGGAGCACGAGACGGUUAAUCGUCAAAGGGAACAUCAAGGAGGUGGAGACGUAACGCCUCUACACGAUGAAGUCGCGGCAGAGAGUUGUGCGCGGGGCGGAGCCUCCGAAGUUCCCGCCCCUAGUGAUGAUGGAAAUGCCAAUGUACAGAGCGAACAUACGGAGGAUAACGCUACUACUGAAGAAUAAUUUUUUUUUGUCUAAGGACAAAAAUUUAUUUUAUUAUGUAAUAUAUAAUUUUUAUAUUUAGAUCACAUUUUGGGGAUUUGCUGAAAAGCAUACUGUGUGAACUACUUGAAUCGAUGACGUUGUGAUGGAGGAAUUUUUACUAUUCCGUUGUUGACAUUUUUAAAGCCUUAUAAUAACAAAUAAUUCUAUUGCCAUUGAUUCAUCAAGUAGUUGAAUACUCUCCAAAAUUUUGUUUCCGAGUUACUUUUUGGUUUUUCACAUUAGGUUUGUGUUUAUUUAUGAGUGACUUGAAAAGUAACUGGAUAUACUCGAAAGCCUCAGAGAUAAUGUUGAAUUUGGACAGAAAAGUUAGUGCUAUUGAUUUUUUUUGUAUAGAAAGGACAGAUAAACUUUAAAGUUAUUAAAAAAAAACAGAGCUGUGAUAGUUGAACACAAUGGACCCAUGGGUUGGGUUUUUGAUUUUAUAUAUCUGAUAUAAGUUAUGUACAAAUAAAUUGUAAAUGAAUAUAAACUUUAGUUUUACAUUCACUCAAUACUCUAAUCAUAUUUGUAUAGUUAGUUUAAUAAAAAUUGUGAGGAGUAUCAUCAGAAAGGUAGGUCCAUCUGUGUUCACGUUCACGACAGCUGUUGGGGAAGGAACCAGCGCCUACUUUCAAAUGGAAAGAUUGGUGCAAGGUAUGGUCCAUUUUUUAUUAUUCAGAUAUUCGCAGCUCAUUGGGUAAAUGAGAAAAUAUCUUUAUCGCGCAUUUUUCACCAAGUUUCUACUGGAAACUACAAAGAUUCUGUAGUAAUGGUUUACUCAUUUUUAAACCAAGUAUUGAUACUAUAUUAAAAUGCAUACUUCAUCGAAGCUUUCUUCGAUAAAUUGAAUGUUGAAUUCGGUGUAAUUCACAUUAUUGAAUUAUUUCUAAUCUUUACAAAAAUCUGAUAUGGAAAUUUUUAGUAAUGGUAUUGUUUUUGCUGGUGGUGCUUUAUCUCAUUUUCCAUUCUCACCUAUUCAACCUUCGAUUAAGGGUUGAAAAAAUUCUUUAAUAUGAAUAGAACUGUAGUAUCCUUGCUGCAAUCUGCAUAAUACCUCCUUAUCAAGCUUUCUUUUUUCUACUAUAUAUUGAAUGAUCUUUCACUUUUUUCAUCAAUGAGCUGUGAAUAUUUUCUCUGAAGUGUCGAAUUUUUUUUCAGAAGGACUGAAUUUUCACUGAUAUUGAUUCAAUCAAAUUACGCAUUUUACUUAGACUAUUGCUGAAUUGUCCUCCUGAAAGAAAACAAUAUUUACAAGUUCAAUAAUUCAUCAAAUCCUGUAGGUUUCAAUAAUUGUUGUGGGUGUAGUAUGAAUUUAUAAAAAACAAUGUACAUAAAUAGAACUUUAUGUACUAAAUUUUCA